GCAUGGCUCCAGGAAGUCCCUUGCCCAGAGCCAUGGAGGCGUGGGAAGAGGGGGGCACAGAGUUGGAGGCGGCUGUGUUUGUAGCCCAGUAGUUCUGCACCAGCACUCACAGCUGGAGGGGGUUUUGUCUCCCUCCACUUUCUUUUCUCUUUCUUGUUUUUAGGAGUCAGAGUGUAACCACCUUUGCCCACCAGACUGUGGAAUAUGAAAUUGCCCCUGAAAGAGGAGCCAACUGAAAGCAAAAUGAUUGCUCCCUAUGUCUGGAGAGGGCUUGGACACCUUCCGUUAUUUAAAUGACCAGUGAUGACUCCUCUGGAAAGAGAAAUGUUGUACAGUGUUCAACAAUUGUUCGUUCAGGCUAUUCAGCGUGGACUCAAGUGUGAUGUGGCUCAUUCACUCAUGUCCCAUGGCAGUCAGAUGAUAAAGCACAGAGGAGAAGGCCUGUCUGUGAAAUUGAAAGUCUAUGCAGCCUUAAACCCUUCAAUAAAAUCACAUGGUUAUGAGCUUUAGGGUAUCAGAACUGCAGGUUCUCUUGGGUUUUGCUGGCAGGAACAAGAGUGGAAGGAAACACGAGUUACUCACAAAGGCAUUACAGCUGCUCAAAUCUGGCUGCAGCCCGGCUGUUCAGAUGAAAAUUAAGGAGCUGUACCGGAGAAGGUUCCCGAGGAAGAUCUUAACCCCUUCAGACUUAUCCAUGCUCCAUAUUCAGACAGGGCAACUGCCCUCCGCCACUGCACUGACGCAGGGCAGCACAGUGUGUCAUUUGCCCUAUGAUAACAGUUCGGCAGCUUCUACAGUGCCAACGGCUAUGUUGCCUCCGGUACCUAUGCUGGGACCCAAACAUGAGACCGAUGUUCAGCACUUAUCCCCGCCCAUUCAUCCGGUCCAUCCGGAUGUCAAAAUGAAGAGGCUGCCCUUCUACGACGUUUAUGAUGAGCUGAUUAAACCCACCACAUUAGCAGCAUCUACGAACAGCCAGCGGUUUGAAGAGGCGCACUUCACCUUUGCGCUAACACCUCAGCAAGUUCAACAGAUUCUCACCUCUAGAGAUAUCUUACCAGGUGCCAAAUGUGACUACACUGUACAGGUACAAUUAAGGUUUUGCUUGUGUGAAACCAGCUGUCCCCAAGAAGAUUAUUUCCCUCCUAAUUUAUUUGUCAAGGUCAAUGGAAAACUCUGCCCUCUGCCUGGCUAUCUGCCGCCCACUAAAAAUGGUGUGGAGCCAAAACGACCGAGCCGUCCCAUCAAUAUCACUCCUUUGGUGCGGCUUUCGGCAACUGUUCCCAAUACGAUCGUCGUGAAUUGGUCCUCCGAGUUUGGCAGGAACUACUCUCUGUCAGUUUACCUGGUGAAACAGCUGACUUCAGUCACACUGCUACAGAAGCUAAGAGCCAAGGGCAUUCGGAACCCAGACCACUCCCGGGCCCUGAUCAAAGAAAAAUUAACAGCUGAUCCCGACAGCGAGAUAGCGACAACGAGCUUACGGGUUUCUCUCAUGUGUCCGCUGGGUAAGAUGAGGCUAAUAGUACCCUGCCGAGCCAUUACCUGUACCCACCUCCAGUGCUUUGACGCGGCGCUCUACCUUCAGAUGAACGAGAAGAAACCUACAUGGACCUGCCCUGUGUGUGAUAAGAAAGCCCCCUAUGAUAGCCUGAUCAUUGAUGGGUUGUUCAUGGAAAUCCUCAACUCGUGCACGGACUGUGAUGAGAUCCAGUUCAUGGAAGAUGGCUCCUGGUGUCCCAUGAAGCCCAAGAAAGAAAACCAGGAGGUGUGCCCGACAUCUACGUACAAUGGGAUUGAGGCCAGCUCCCUUUAUGCCGUGGGCUCCGACGGAAAGCACUCCUUGGAGAGCAAAAAGCAAGUGGAGGUCAUCGACCUCACGCUGGACAGCUCAUCAGAUGAAGAGGAGCCUCCUAUCAAGAAACAGUGCCCUGUCUCCACUGUGGCUAUCCCGUCAGCAGUAGGGCCCAAGGAGGGAGUUGGAAGGAUAAACACUAAAGGUUGUGAGGCGCUCAGGUACUGCCGUAAUGGAGGCUAUAGAAGUACCUUAGAUCCAAGUCAGAUUUUUUUGGUGUUAAAUGUUGAUCACCAGCCAUCCUCUGUGCUUCGAAGUCCUCCCAUGGCAGCUAUCGGCAGCGACUAUCUCUCCAGCCUCCCAAUCCCUGAAUACCAUCCUUCCUACCAGGUGCCCUCAGAGAUUCAAGGUCUGGAUUUGUUUACCUUCCUUCAAAGUGAAAAUCAGCACUACAGCCCUUCCGUGAUCACCUCCCUGGAUGAACAGGACGCCCUGAGCCAUUUCUUCCAGUACCGAGGCACAUCUACCCAUUUCAUGAACCCCCUGGCUCCCGUCAUGGCAGGAUCCCACAACAGCAUCAGCCCCGCCAGCGGGCGCAUCAGCAGCAUUGUCUCCACCAACACGCUGCGGGAGAGCCAUGGGCACAGCGGGACAAUGAGUAACAGCGCAGCUCUCCCGGGCUGCAGGCCGGACAUCAUUUCCUUAGACUAGCCCCAGGCCCAGGCCACGCUGGCAUCUCGUUUCCCCCCAAGGAUGGGAGAGAAAAGCAGACUUUCAGCAGCUGCUGUUGAGUUGGGUUUUUGUCUGGGAUGGAAAGGACCCAGCCAAUAACAGGUCUCCUAAGUGUGUGUCUCGGUCAGGGCAACUCCCCCGUUACGUCCAGCCUUGGAGCCUCACAGGCGGGGCUUUCAGUUCUGCACGCGCUCGCCUGAGCAUACUGGUCCCGCUUGCUGGGGGGUGCCGGUGGGCAGGGGGUAAAUGCUAACCUCUGUUUUUCAAGACCAUUUUAAAACUGUGUUUUUAACUUUUAUUUUUUGGUAGGAUUCCGCACAAAGAUCCUACAGUGAUAAUCCCCACCUUGGUGCUGUCCUGCUAGAACAGCAUCAUCUAGUGGCCAAAGCAGGACUUAGCAGCCAUUCCCCCUCCCCCGGGGAUGUCACCUUCUGCAUCCCUUUGCACCACACCACUGCUGACUCCCUGGAGUGGGGUGAAGAGAGAAACUUGUCUGAGUCCAGCAACCCUCCAGGCAUGGAUGGAAGGUGGGUGGGUGUCUUUCAGGGAGCUGCCCGCUGCUUUUAUGCACCAACACAAGCACUUUGGCAGUAGGGAUUGAGCUGGAUCUGGGCUCCUAGGGCAUUCUUGAUUCCUUGAUCCUCUUCUUUGCUCCCCUCCUUCCCUGGGGAGUCUGCCCUCCCAACCCUGGGUUAGAGCAUAGAGCUGGUGACUCAGAAAGAGGCUAGCAAACUUCUGCUUCCAGCUACCAGGCUGUGCCGAGACCCUCUGCCGUCCCAGGGUUUAAAUAACCAAAUGGGCAGGGAGAGAGAUGCUAUAACUGAGCCCAGAUUCCAAACCCCAUCCAGCAAAUAUGGACAUUCCCCAGCAGAGACCUAGCCACGGAGCGGAGGGUGAAGCUGCAGCCUACGUGCACUUAAGUGUUCCCAUUAAGCAGGUGAGCAGUUGGGGCUCCCUCCCACCUCGCCCUCGAUUGUAUGACCCAAAGCAACAUACAAACUCAGCUCUACUGAGCGAAUCCGUUCUCCAAACCCUGGUGCAAACCUCUCGUGUUUGUAACCGAAUGUGCUCGUGGGUGAGAACCAGAAAGAGAAACUGAUCGAUCCGUUUUCAAGGAGAAAAGAGAGAUUUUUUAAAUGUUUUUUUUAAAAUUGAACAACCUGUGGCAUUACGAGUAGCGCAGGAAAGGAAACGUUAACUUCUUAAUUAUGAAUGUUCCCCACCCACAGUCCCUUUAAAGUCAGCCAUUUCCUGGCUGCUGUUUUAGUUUUGUGUCCUCAUUACGACUUCCCUUUUUUUGGGUAAGAAUCAAGGCAAAAAGCGGCCAUUUGAAUGGAUGUCCCAUCAGUGGCAUUUACACAUGGGUUGAUGCAGUUCUUUAUUGGGAUGCUAGAGGAGGCAAGCGGGGGUGGGGUGGGGAGGGGAUUCUUGCUUGCGAACCCUCCUGCAGAUAGGACAGUAUCGAGCGGAGGCGUAGCAGGGUGACUGCCAGGGCUUUUGUCACCCAUCCAUCCCCUCGUGGAGGCACUGGUCUGUCUCGGUUGUAAUUACGAUGUAUUUUUUUUAAAUGUCGAUUUGUUUUCCUCCUCCUAAGUAUUUCCAAUACAGAUCUGUACAGAGAACAAAGCUUUAUCUAUAUUUUCAGUUGCCGCUUUUGUACAUCCAAAACUCCAAAGACCUCCCUGUGUCUAUCUCCUGAGGACUAAAUGAAGGUUGUGUUGUCCCCGCUGCAGCGCCUGCGCGGGGACAGCGCAUUGCCUGUUGCACAAUUUAUUUAUGUAUUUAAAUGUAUACCUUAGUUUGUAGCCUUUACAGCAUCACAGCUGCUGCUGCGAGUGUCCUGCGUAACCAAGGUCUCGCUAAACUACCCCAAGUACCUACAGCCGAGUUCAUAUUUUUAUUACUGUAGCAAGAUUGGCACAUGAGUUCGAUGCAUCAAGACGGACAAAACGGCAUUCAGAAUGGUAUAAUAUGUAGCAAUUUUUUGCACCUUCCCCCCCCCCCCCCAAGAACUUUAAAACAAACCAAUUUCCCUGUAUUUCUGGAGAAGGGUGGUCUGGGGUAGCUGUGCCCAGAAUCCUACUGUGACUUUAAUGGUUCUUGUAUCAUAGUUGUAGUGAAUUUCUGAAUGCAAUAAAAGUUGUAAAUCCUACUGAGGAAUAGUUAAGGUGCAGCUUUACCUUGCAUGCUUCGCCCAGGCUUAGUUGCGCUGAUCAUUUUCCCUCUGUUUUGGAGAGGGAUGAGUCCACUGAUGCUCUUCAUUUAAAGAGCGGUCGGCUGGAAAAUGAUGAACCAGCUACUACAGUCUCCUUCAAAAUACCGGCCCUCAGAACUAGCUUGCUUGGGACUUUUCACCUGAAAAUCUCCCAAGUGACAGACGUAGCUGUCUGUAAAACAAGAAUUCUCCUUCCCCACUUGUGUGAACUGCUUUGAAAUCCUUGGUGGAGAAGUGCUAGGUAGAGGAUUUGCUUUUUGGAAAAAUGGUGCUUUGAGAGAUUACUGGACUUUUGCAAACCCCUUUCUCUCUGCUCAUCUUCCCAGCACCAAGCUGAAAAGGGACUUAGGACCAGAACAAAUGUACUGUGUACAUUUCAGUGGGAACAUAAUUGUUUGUGGGUUUUUAAAGUUCUGAUGUUGGGGGGAGGGGGGAUGGACAGACCAGCUCCCAGUAAAGGCAGAUUUCUAUACACAUUUGUAACCCUACCCAUCUGUCCUUUGUACUGUCUCCUCCAAGGCCAGUCACAGGCUGAUCAACUCACGUGACAGUAUAGUGGCUCCACUGUACCCUUUGAGAGGCAGGUACUUUCAAUGUUACCUACAGGUGGUGCUUGAGGUAGCUAGAAGCUGAGACCGACAUUAAGGUAUUAUGCCUUUACAGGGAGCGCUGGCUGUUUUCAAGUUUUGUACAUACAAGUUGUUUGUGUAGAGGGUGUGUGGGGGGUUGGGGGGUAAAGGAGCAUCUUGGGGUUUUGAUACUGUCUGAAGUCCCUUAGUGUUUUAUAAGCUCUCUCUCACACGGUAAACAUGAUCUAGACACCUUUAAAAAGCAGCUAGCCACUUUCUCUGGUUUAUUUAUUCUGUCCGUUUGAUAUCCAGCUGUUUAUUAUUUGCAACACUUUGUAUUAUAUGCAAACUACCUUUUAGAUAAUAAAGUUCAAAACAGCC